CACUGACGUGUGACAAGUGUUUGUCAAUCGAGCGAUCCUAUUUGUUUUGAUUCAAACAAUUAUAAGCCUUGUUCUAUGAUUCCAAUUUUUUGCCCAAAAAUGGCUUUAUUGGACAGUGAAAGGAAAAUCGACCGUCGGGAAAAGCCCCAAACCAAAGUGAUAAUCCGACGCCUGCCGCCUACCAUGUCCAAAGAUCAAUUCCUCACGCAAGUGGCCCCAAUUCCAGACUACAACUACAUGUACCACGUAAGGGGGGACAUGAGCAUGGGAGAGAACGCUUUCUCCCGUGCCUACAUCAACUUCGUGUGCCCCGAGGAUGUUUACCCGUUCAAGGAGAAGUUCGACAAUUACGUGUUUGUGGACAGCAGGGGCCACGAGUACAUAGCGGUGGUGGAAUUUGCCCCAUUCCAGAAGAUCCCCAAAAAGCGUGGCAAAGGAAAGAUGGACCCAAAGUGCAACACGAUUGAAGCCGAUGCCAGUUUCUUGGAGUUUGUAGUCAAUCUAAACAAGCCCGUGGAACAGGACGAAAAGCCCGAGUACACCUUGCAGCUGGGAGAGAGGGACGAGAACAAAAAGAAAGACAAAACCACGCCACUUUUGGAGUUCAUCAAGAACAAAAGGGCGCAGCGGCUGAAAAUCCGCGAAGUGCGCCGCGAGGAACGAGAAAAAAAGAAAAAGGAGUUCGAAAGACGAAAGGAGAUGGGCAGCCGGUACUUCGACGAAAAACCGCCUUCUAAACCUUACGUGAAGAAGUCGCAUCUUAAGUACUCGAAAAAUGACUCUCAUAAAGACCUGCCCGAGGACAAACCAACCAAACAAGACGAUAGCUGUUCGGACAAAUCCCCACCAGACAAGCCCAAAGACAAACGACUUGAGGAAAGAAAGGAACGAAAAGAGCUGAAGCUUCGCUUCCCUAAAAAAGACUAUUCAGAAAAUCGCGAUUUCUGCCGACCAAAGGAGGAAGCCAAAGCCAGUCAGGCGAAGAAAAUAAAAAAAUACAGCGAGAGGCGAGAAGAACGCAAAUUGGAGGCUCAAAAGGCCGAGCUGCUGAAGAAACUGGAGCAGCAGCAAUCGUCUAAACCGGACCCGCCUGAGGCUGAAGAAAACCCCAAAACUCCAUUAAACUGUCAUGAAAAGGAGACGACUUUAGCACAAGACGAAGCGGCUGCACAAGAUAGCGAGACCCAACAAAAGGACACAUCCACGGAUGACAAGUGCGAAUCUGGAUCAUCUUCCAGACGAAUAAGGAAUAAGGACCGGCCCACCAUUCCCCUAUAUCGACCUGGCAUGCUGUCCAAACGAAAGCAACCCGACACAGAGGAAAACUGCAAGGAAGAUGACAACGAAGCGAAAAAGGAGUAGUUGGUUUCAUUAUUUGAUUGAGCCCAGUUGGAUUGAAAUUAUUAAUGUUCUGUGACAAUAUGAGUUUGCAUUAUAAACUAUAUUAAAAAAAAUUAAGAGAUA